AUGGAAAAAUGCUUGCUGAUAAUCCUUCUAAUUUGAAUCUUCUGAUCUAAAGCCAUUGCUGGUUGUGAAGCCAAUUGCAAAUUUUGCUGCAUAAAUGGAACCUGUAGGGCUAAAUAAAGAGUGAGACAAUGAGGUUUAUCUCACAAUCCUCCUUGUUUUCAUAGUCUUGUUCAUCGGAGGCUGCUGAUGAGGCAUCCGCUUCCUCAUUAGAUCCAAGCGAGUCAAGAAGAUUCUUAAAAUUCUGAUGGUGAAGCGAAUGGAAAAAGCUAAAAAUGAGCUUGACUUACAAAGUUAUUCAGAACAUUUGGAAGAGCAUAAAAUUAGUGAUAAUUCAAUGUCCUCAUUCUUCAAAAUUAGCUCGAAACAUAUGCGAGAAGGGGAAUGACAAGAGACUAUUGGCAAUACAUUUGACGAUAGCCUUUUCACAAUGUAUCGGGUUGGAUGAACUGCUGAGGAAUUCAACUAUCUUUGAAAUAAAAAAUUAAAGAGAGAUAAGAAUCCUUAUAAAAAUCCCAAAGCCACUAAGGUGGGAUUUAAUAACGCCAUUAACAAUAAUCAUCUUUAUGAGAGCCAUGAAGAAGACUUGUACUCUCAAGACUCAAUGGUAUCUGAAAGUCCCAUUGAGGGGAAUGAAUAUGGUGAUAGUAAACAUCAUCUGCGACGCAAAGCCCCAAUUAAAUCAAAAGCUCCGAAUAAUAACCUCAAAAGCCAGCCUACUGCUUCUGAGAUCAACGCUGCUUCAGCAGAUAGAAAAUAGGAAUAAAGCACAACGUAGUUCAAUUGUCUGUAGCUCUCAAGCCAAAAUGCAGACUAACUCAAAAGAUGAGGACAAAAUAGGUGUUUAUGAGGAGCCCAAAUCUAAGAAAAAGAAAAGAAGAGUUAUCCGCAAGAGAGUCAAGAAAAACGUCAAGAGAAAGGAUGAAGUCAUUCAUCUUGAAACAUACAUGUGGGAGCAGACUGACAGUAAUUAUAAGUCCCACGAAACCCAGAAUAAUCCAAAGAAUACUGACGAAGAUGUUGCUUUGGAGUAUUAUAGAAAUAUCGCCAGGGAUAAGGUAAGCAAGAAGGAACAUUCCCUUCAAAGUCACCAUACGGAAGAACGAAAGGAGUAA